AUGUCCGAAGACGAGAGCGGUGGCGAAUGUAAACUACUGGGCCCUUUUGCUAUCCUGGUGCAAGGAGCGCUGGGCGCCCUCGCUCUAUUGUCUUUAGUCUUCAAGAGAUGGAGAGAAAGGCCGCAGCGACCUAUAAAGGUGUGGUCUUUUGACGUGUCAAAGCAAGUUGUUGGGUCGAUAUUGCUCCAUCUUCUAAAUCUCCUCAUGUCGCUUUUCUCCUCUGGUCAGAUAGGCGAGGGUGUGGUGAACGCAGCAGCAAGUACAGUGGGGUCUGAAACAACAGCAGAAUACCAGCCCAAUCCAUGUUCAUUCUACCUGCUCAAUCUGGGCAUCGACACGACGCUCGGGAUACCCAUCCUCAUCGGCAUUCUCAAGAUUUUGACCCUGGGUGCAAGGUAUACACCGCUUGCGAACCCUCCUGAGUCAGUCGAAUCAGGACGUUAUGGCACGCCUCCCAAGACUGCCUGGUGGGCGAAGCAAUGCCUCCUCUACUUCCUAGGGUUGAUUGGCAUGAAAAUCUGUGUGUUUAUCAUUUUCCAGCUUUGCCCUUGGUUAGGACGUGUUGGUGACUGGGCACUUGGCUGGACCGAGGGCAACGAAGCGGUUCAGAUUGCAUUUGUCAUGUUCAUAUUUCCCUUGAUCAUGAACGCUGCUCAGUACUACAUCAUCGACACAUUCAUCAAACAGAAGAAGGGUCCACACAAGGAAGCUGAAGAGGACACAGAGCACGAAAGGGGUGAGGAGCGUGGCUCAUUGCUCACUGAUACGGGACCGGACCACGGCCGUUCCGUCGACGAGGACGAGGUCUGCAAGCCCAAAAGGUCGUCUUCCACCCAGCUCGAGAGGAUGAUUUCAUACGACCCUGAUAAGGACGGGGAAGUGGAUCUGAGCGGACCACCGGGCGAAGGCAGCAGCUUGACGGCCCACGCAGAGGAAGAAGGCUUGGAAGACAGGCCUCGGGUAUGA